AUGGAUUUAGGUGAUUUUCGUUGUCGUGAGUGCAAGAUGAACUUCAGGUCCCCUGUCCUGCUGGAGAAACACAGGGACAAGUUCUGCAUUGGCGGUUACGUGGAAGAUUCUUGCAUGUUAAAUCAGAGGCUACGAGAAUGUCUGCCAAAAGAUUCCGUAGAUGGUAAUAACACAUGGAGAGCAAGUGAACCAAGGAAAUCUGAGACGCCAGAUCAUAUGGACCAAAGGAGAAAGAGGGAGAGACUUCGGCAACACGACCGAGACAAACCUCCGGACAACAAUUCAUUUAACGAAAGGGAACAGAACUUGUUGAGGGGACAUCAAUCGGAAAUCAGACUGUCCGACAACCAGGCCUUGAGAAAGUUGACUGAUGAGUUUCACAAACUGAGGCUGUCGAUCCAAGAAAACAGACCCACGAGUAAACCCUCGGAGGAAGAGGAUGAGAUCUCCCCCAGAAUCAACAGAGACUCGGAGCAUCGCGAGCGACUGCGGGAAAUAGCAGUGGCGCAUGGCCAACAUCUGGCGGAUAUUCAAGCCCGAAACCAGAACCUCGAGCUACAGAGGGAGGAGAUCCGUCGUCGACUGCAGGAGUUUUCUUGCAGAGAGUAUUUCACCGGCCACGUCGAGCAGAUGCUACUGGAGCUCAAGGCUCAGGAACAGAAGAAUCGUCUGGCGUUAGACGAACUCAGGGAACAGAUCGAACUGCUGCAAAUGGAAUCUAUAAAGAGACCGAGUUCCGUCAGCACCGUGGCCUCUCCUGCCCCACAGAAAUCAGAAGAGAAAAUACAAUUUACCUUCCUGCCAUUUGCCAGUCGUGGUAACCUGGCCGCUGAAAUAAGUGCCCUGCGGAUAGUUUACCUUCAGAGCGGUGGCAGAGACCCCGGUAUUCUUGCCCAGUUCAACGCCCUCCAGGCAGAGGCACAGCUCCUGAAGACCUCAACACGUCCCAUCAAAGAGAAGAGGAAAAGACAGGAUCCUACGCACAGGUUAUUGGACGCUGAGCUCCUGACAGUGGAACUCGAGAACCAGCAUUUGGAAGACGAAAUCCUGAAGCUCCAGCGAGAGAAGAGGAAAGUGGAUGAUGGGAUGGAAAUGCAGGAGAUGCAGUGGGAACAUGUGAGACAGCUGGCUGUCUUGAAGGGGGAGAUCAAGAUGCUGAGAAACCAAUCAAACAGAGUACGAAUGAGCGGGGGGAUAAACUCACCUCCUCCCAUGCUUCCUCUCCCUCCCCCUCCGCCACCCCCUCCUCCACACAUGGACCAUAUCAGACCCCAGACUCCGAUGAUUGCCAAACAUUUGCUGGAUCCCCCAGAUGUAUUAGGACCUUCACCGUUUGAUCCAGGGGCAGGAUUCACCAUCUUCUAUGAUUUUGUUCUCGGGCUGGAUGCUACCUAUUGCCUCAUCCGCCUGGUUACUGGUCUGUACAGCAACGGGCAGGAAAUGGGGAAGCCACGUUCCCUGCCGGCUGUGUACUGCGAGAUGAGAGGUGGAUCUCAGUACGUGGCUGAGGGACUCAGAGGCAACAUCGCAACGCUAUCCGCAAAGCAGCCGGUGCCACGGGUAAGUCCUUCUCCUGCCAUCUCACUGAUAAUGGAGCUACAAGCUGCCGGGGGCUUCGAUGUUUACAGUCAGGAAAUCGUGCGCCUGGUUAGCAGAGGCUGGGCAAAAAUUGACCUCUUUGACGUUCACAAUCGAGUGAUCAGCGGAAAGUGGAAGGUUCCUGUGCGUUUGCUCCCAGUAAACCCAUCACUGACAACCGGCCAACUCAAUGGAAUUCCUCAGGUUGGCAGUGCUGAAAUCUACCUCAGAGUGGUGAAUGGCCGGGAUGCUGAUGUCCAGUCACUGGCUGCUAUUGAUCCCAACAAUGCUUCUGUGUACAAAUACCCACCUUCAAGUGGCAGCCACAACACCCUCCCUGCUGCCAGCUAUCUUCCCUCCCAGCACUGUCCUACCCACCGCCAUCAUCCUCUCCCUCCUACUGAUCACAUUGACCUCCCGCCUCCUGUGAGCGAUGCUGAUCUUCCUGAAUCCAAUGCAAACUGAGAGAGAUUAGGUUUGACCACUGGCAGCACUAUGAGCAAUGUGAAUAGCUGUCCAAACUCAAACCCCACAAACUGUUAGA